GAUGAUAAGAAGGCUGGGACUCGUGGGCGCGCGGUCAGUGAUCGUUCGGCAGCCGUCGCCAGCCAUCCGCAACGCCAUGUACGCGAGGUUGCUGCAGCUCGCGCCCAGGCGGGCGUUCUCCGCGUCGCCCGCGCUCACGCUCACCAUCCGCACCGUCGGCGGCAAGCGGGUGGACCUGAAGCGGGAGCUGCAGACGGGCGAGCGGCCGCGACGCGCCACCUUCACCGAGCGCAACCAGCUCAAGUACGCGCGCAGGCUGGUGGUGAAGCUGGGCAGCGCGGUGAUCACGCGCGAGGACGAGCACGGGCUGGCGCUCGGCCGGCUGGCCAGCAUCGUCGAGCAGGUGGCCGAGUGCCAGAACGAGGGCCGCGAGUGCAUCAUGGUCACCAGCGGCGCCGUCGCCUUCGGCAAGCAGAAGCUCGCGCAGGAGCUGCUCAUGUCCAUGUCCAUGCGCGAGACGCUCAGCCCCAUCGACCACACCAGGGAGCAGGCCUCCACGAUGCUGGAGCCGAGAGCCGCGGCGGCGGUGGGCCAGUCGGGGCUGAUGUCGCUGUACGACGCGAUGUUCGCGCAGUACGGAGUGAAGCUCGCCCAGGUGCUGGUGACCAAGCCGGACUUCCUCAACGACGAGACGCGGAAGAAUCUGUUUAGCACGCUCAGCGAGCUGAUCAGCCUGAACGUCGUGCCGAUCAUCAACACCAACGACGCGGUCUCGCCGCCGCUGCAGUUCGACGACGAGGUCGUCGAGGGUCACAGCGGUCGGCGCGGCAUCCCCAUCAAGGACAACGACUCGCUGGCCGCCAUGCUGGCCGCCGAGGUGCAGGCCGACCUGCUGAUCCUGAUGAGCGACGUCGACGGGAUUUACAAUCUGCCGCCCUGGCAGGACGGCGCCAAGCUCCUGCACACCUUCAGCUCCGACCAGCGCGGAUCCAUAACCUUCGGCGAGAAGUCCAAGGUCGGCACUGGCGGCAUGGACUCCAAGGUGAACGCCGCGCUCUGGGCCCUCGACCGCGGCGUGUCCGUGGUCAUUUGCAACGGGAUGCAGGAGAAGGCCAUCAGCAGCAUCAUGGGCGGACGAAAGAUCGGCACCUUCUUCACCGAGACGACGAGCAGCUCGGCGCCGGUCGAGGUCAUCGCCGAGAACGCGCGCGUCGGCAGCCGAGUGCUGCAGUCCUUGGCGCCGGAGGAGCGCGCCGGCUGCAUAAACACGCUGGCGGGCCUGCUGGAGACGCGCCAGAGCGAGAUCCUCGACGCCAACGGCAAGGACCUCGACGAGGCUCGCAAGUCGGGCCUGGCCAAGCCCCUGCUCUCGAGGCUGUCCCUCACGCCGUCCAAGCUCAAGUCGCUGCGCGACGGCCUCAAGCAGAUCGCCGACUCGUCGCUGACCAACGUCGGCAGGGUGCUCAGGAGGACCAAGCUGGCCGACGGCCUGGAGCUCAAGCAGAUAACCGUGCCGAUCGGCGUCCUGCUCGUCAUCUUCGAGUCGCGGCCCGACAGUCUGCCACAGGUGGCGGCCCUGGCCAUGUCCUCGGCAAACGGCCUGCUGCUCAAAGGCGGCAAGGAGGCGGCCCACAGCAACCGCUGCCUGAUGGACCUGGUAAAGGAGUCGCUGAGCUCGGUGGGCGCGGUGAACGCCAUCUCGCUCGUGUCGACGCGCGAGGAGAUCGGCGACCUGCUCUCGAUGGAGAAGCACAUCGACCUGAUCAUACCGCGCGGCAGCAGCGAGCUCGUGCGCAGCAUCCAGCUGCAGUCCAAGCACAUACCCGUGCUCGGCCACGCGGAGGGCAUUUGCCACGUGUACGUCGACAGGGAGGCCGACCUGGACAAGGCCGUGAGGAUCGUCCGCGACUCCAAGUGCGACUACCCGGCCGCGUGCAAUGCCAUGGAGACACUGCUCGUUCACGAGUCGCACAUGGCUAGCGGCUUCUUCAACGACAUCUGCGCCGUGCUGCAGAAGGAGGGGGUGAAAAUCAACGCGGGCCCGAAGCUGCGCAAGCUGCUGACGUUCGGGCCGCCGAUGGCGCCCAGCAUGAAGAUCGAGUACGGCGCGCUGGAGUGCACGAUCGAGGUGGCGGCGUCGGUGGAGGACGCGGUCGGCCACAUACACAAGUACGGCAGCGGCCAUACGGACGCGAUCGUCACCGAGGACCAGCGCAACGCCACCUACUUUCAGCGCGAGGUCGACAGCGCCUGCGUCUUCCACAACGCCAGCACGAGGUUCGCCGAUGGCUAUCGCUUUGGCCUUGGCGCCGAGGUGGGCAUCUCGACGGCGCGGAUACACGCGCGAGGACCCGUCGGAGUAGACGGGCUGCUCACCACCAAGUGGGUGCUCAACGGCGACGGCCACGCGGCCGCUGACUUCGCCGACGGCGGAUCCCGCAGCUUCGUCCAUCAGUCACUGCCCGUCGACGAGGCGUGACGAUGCCCGCUCGAACGAGCCCCGCUUAUUUAUUUAGCCAAUUGUGUAUAUUCAUCGACGCGACCGCGCGCGGCCGGCAGAGCUCGUCGUCGGCCCCGUCGCUCGCCGGCGAUCGUCCGAGCGACGCACGGCCGACGAGGGGCGUCGCGAGUGCUCGCGCGCGACGCGAGUUUCUUAUUAUUAAUAAAUCCGCGCGGCGAGGGAUCGCGUCACCGCGAUCUCUGGCUGCGCCGCGUGAACGGCCGCUUGUCGCGCGCGUCGAUUUCCGUCUUCGCGCGACGAUCGAGAGCCGCAGAGAGCUUCGGGGACCGACGGCGAAGCAGCCUCUCGUACGCGUCGGCGAUCAAAAAUCCAAGAGCGCAACAGCGCUCGCGAGUCAGCUGGGCCGCGCGAGGCGAGCGAGAAAAACGACUUGGAAAUUCGUCGUGCUCGCCGGCUCGAAGACUGCGACGUAUAAGCUCGGUUUACCACUGCCUUUUGUCUUCUUUCUUCGUGCCUCUGCGUGCCUUGCCGCGAACAAUGCUCGUUCACACAAAAAUGUAAGUGCAUGUAUAUACGGACGCCUCUGCUCGGAUAGUAUUAAAAGCUCGGCCUUCCUCGAAAGUGCCUUUGUUUGUAAA